AUGGAAACUUCAAGCCCCUUGUUGGAUACGACGGUCUCCAUUGUGAGAGCUAUUGACGGCAGUCACCUUGGAUGGUCAGACUUUCGAACAACAGUCCUUGGUGCAUUUCGGAUCGUCCUCACGGAAACCAUACAGUUGUCCGACCUCUCACGGCCGUUUUCUGACCGGUUGAAGCCAUGUCUGCAGAAUUUGACACGGUUUACGAAGCAAGAAAGAGAAUGGCGCAGUCAGCUGGCAUCUGGACAAGGUUUUGGAUCUACGAUAGUCUUCCCGCCGAAUGUUCUCCCUCCCAUCAGUUCCAAUCGCUCUCUACACCGAUGCUUGGCUCCGAAGCUGAAUCGAGAAGCAUUGCCACCACGAGCUGUGAAAGCCCAAGAAAGCUUAUUCGAACUCCCUGCUCCUCGGCCAGGCCUUCUCACUGGCUUCGCCACUGCUGCGUUCAACGAAAGAGAACUGUCCAUUCUUCCGAACUGCGCAUCUGGAACAGGGACAAUUGUGGACUUCGAGUCCGGCUGUGUGUCACCCGGUACCACCACAUAUUGCCCCUUUCUAGUAUUUGAACGGAUGAACAUUACGUCGGAGGAUGCCGUGCAAUCUGCCAAAAAUCAAUGUGCCAUUGCUGGAGCCCAUUGCAUUCGAGCAUUACAGCUGCUGUUCAGACGGUGUACCGGCCCACGGCCAGUCUUUGAGAGACCGGUAUCAUUUUCCUGUGCGAUAGAUAACCCGACCGCUCUAAUCCACUAUCACUACGUGGAUACCGAUGGACGCUACUGUAUGUCGGAAAUAUCAAGAUUCAACCUGGAUGACUCUGAGAGCUUCUUUGAAUUUCAAGGCUGGAUCGAAGCCAUUGAAGAAUGGGGUUCUGCAUACCUUCUCCCUGUUAUCAAAAUCGCCCUUAGACAGCUCCUUAAAAGUAACGGAACCCCACCAAUAUCACCUAUGCCAUCGCUUUCACUGUCAAUUGACACUGCUGCUGGAAGUGAAGAGUUAUUGAUGAAAAUCCUUCGCACAACAUUUGGUUCGAUCAAAUGGAAGUGUGACGGGGAAUACGAAACACCCAUGAACAGCAGCGUUGCCCACUGCGGCACCCCAGUGGGAGCUCGCAAGAUUAGAACAUUGGCGCUAUCACCAACAUCACCCAUUGACGCCCUAAGUGCCGUGUCGGGUCCGACCACCCCAUUCUCGGUGUGGCGAAUGAAACCCGACUGGGGUACCAAGUCCCCCAUUGCACGAAGACACCCCCUCUCGCCGCUGAAACUUCAUGCGGAUUUUCCGGAGUCACCAUGUCGGCGUGCCACCCUUUCACCUUGCACUCCACCACCGGAAGCACCUUACUCGUCCAAAUCCCCGAUGCUCGUUCUACAGAAAAGAGUGGACUUGGCUAUGGAUGAGAUCCAAGAGCUGAGGGCCCUCGUUCAGUCGCUACAGAGCGAACUCCAAUUGAAGAACAGCCAGCUAAACUCAAGCCGACAGAAACAGGAGCAGGUCUUGCAAGAACUUCCAGACGAUAGUCUCAGGACUCCAACUCCGACAAAACAUGUUGAUUGGGACCGGGAGCUGGAGCUGCCUUCUGAAAGGAAAGGGUCUGGUGCAAUCGUCUGGUCCUCACGUGUAUUCUUUUGCCAAAGCUUAGGCGCUUCCACCAUGGCCAUGAUUUGCCUCCUCUUUCUCUCCUCCUGCGUCAUCAUGGGCCACAAUAUGUGGGAAAGUGUGUUCUGUCUUGCUACGAUUCUGGUCAACUUGUUUGUUGCUAGAUAG